CUCUCCGAAUAACCGUUUUCUAGACCCCCCACGAAUCUUUAUCAAAGGCGCUGUCCCGGGAAACUAUGCCCAAUGACAUCAUCCAAGCCUUUUGUAUACAGUUGCUAAGGGUUACAGGGUGACAUUUCAAAAACAAUCCCCUGCUGUAGAUACAUUCGAUAUACUCGGUCCCGGUUGUGUACUAACGUUAAACGGACUAAACACAAACUUUAGUCUUUAUUUUAAAACAGAGGUAUUUCUACUUGAUAUUAGAGAGCGAACUGUUUGAGUACAUUAGCAAUAAUGCUUCGCGGAAGCACACUUCGCAACUUACUUUUUGAGUAUAUCGUAUGCUAAAGAAGACUUUAGCGUAAACUUUGUGAGAUGGCAGACUUUGAUACAUCAGAAAAAGUGCUUAUCACCGAAAGUGCGGACACCGUUCGUACUACGGACCCUUAUGAACGCUCUGUUGACUAUAUGGAGACUCAUAAUAUCCUUCAAAUAUUUCAGGAUAUCACAGAGAAACUGGUUUUUGAUAGACCAGACGAUCCUCUUCAGUUCAUGUUAGAGCAGGUACAAAUGAAGAUCAAAAUCCGUGACGAGUCGAGCAGUACGUUUGUCAAAACAUAAAGAACUCUUAAAGCAAAGCAACAAUGCAAAGAAUCGACUCUUAAGUUUGUACUUUUAUUUAUAUAUUUCUUGAAACGAGGUGUAUUGGUUGCUGCAAGUCAUUCAGUGACUCUACAUUGUUGUUGUUUCCAAGCAACUGUUUUUUUUUUUUAAUGUAUCAUGUUUCGCCACAAUUUUUAGAAGAUACUGUUUGCAUUUAUUUUCAGCAGUCAAACAGUGCUGAAUUCUUCAUAAUGCUGUUUGUGUCUAAAUAUCUCACCAGGAUAUACUCAAGUGGCUAGCUAGAUUUUAGAAAUGUAUAAAAAUUAAAUAAAGAAGUAAUUACAGACAGGCUUUCUCUGUAUUUCCGAGACACAGAAUGAAUCGAUUUGCAGGCGUUAUCACUCACUCUUAUUGUUUUAUGAAAUAAACAUGUUUUGUAAGACAAAGCAACAACUAUAUUUUGCGUUUUGCAAGUGUUUUCCAUAAAAAUGUCCACCUGGACAAAAGUAGCUGGCUUUUGCUCUGCACUCAGAUGUCCAUGAAGGAUUUUGGCUGCAUGAGUAAAGGAAGUCUUUGUUUAUAAUAGGCUCUUCUUACAGUGCAUUUCUAUAGUAAUCUACAUUUACUUUGGUGUUUCAAGACUGCUUUAUCACAUGCAGUCACUUCAUUUAGAAAUAAAUAUGUCCACAAUAUGUUUACAAAUA